GAACAACGGUGCAGUUGGGGUUAAAUUAGCCCCCACGACUCUUUCAGCGUCUCAAAGGACCAUGUGUUCACGUAAAUCCGCGUGCCGCGUGCCGCGAUUAAAGCGUCUUCGAAAUAACAUUGUUUGAAACGGCCAGUGACGUCACGCGUCACAAACCUCAUGCGUUCGUGAUUCCUUCCUCUGGUCUUCUCCAUUUUUGCCACUGAAACGCCGGUCCCUACACAAAGGAGGCUCGUUUUAUCGUCACAUAUGCGGUGUUUUCUACGGGAUUUUCCUACCAAUUUGCCGCCUGGACGCCGGGAAUCGGUUACAAUGGUGCCAUAGUGAUCAGCAUGGAUACAGGGAAGGAGAUCUACGGCUCCUGAGCUUCCGGAGAGCUUCAGCAUGGACAAUUCAAACCGGAAUGCGGCAUCGAGUCCCGUCAAAAAUCAUUUUGAUGCUGCGGCUCUCUUGGGGGCCUGGUGGUCCUCUGCAGACCAGGGUGGCAUGACUCUGGCCAGCCUGCUGAGGCAGGGCACUUCCUCUGGCCUCGCCAGUGGUUCUAAGCUUGACCACGCUCUCAGACAGCCCUCACCACAGACGCGAAGACGCAUGAAUGGAUCUCAGGCUCCUGGCAAGAUGCUGCCACCAUCAGCCCACAGCAGGUCUUCGAAACAUCUCGACCUUCUUCAAGACAGCCUUAUUCUGAAUUCGGUCAAGGAGAAGCUGCUGCUGGGGUCGGCCAAGGGGCCCCCCAGCCUGGCCCCGGUGGCCCCUGGCUCCCCGUUCCUGGCCCACGGGGGAGAGCUGCUGUCCAAGGGGCUUGGCCAUGGGGCCGAGGGCUCGUCCCGGCCGGGCAUCACCCUGCCUCUGGGCAGCCUGGUUAGAGAGAGGGCCGGGGGGGCCCACAAGCGCAGCCGCAGGGGUCGCAGGGACCCGGGGCUGGCCGCCUCAGCCGCUGGCAAGCUUGCCGAGUGCCUGAUGCUGAAGCAGCCCCCGACGUCUUCCUCGCCCCUCCCGGGCAGCAGCAGCGGCCACCUGGGCUCCUCCCCGUCCCUGUUCCCGAGCCCCGCCCAUUCGUCGGGCCCCUCCCCCCGACACCCCUCCUCCUCGCCGGCCCACACGGAGGCGCCCCCGUCCUCCCGCUCCGGGGACUCCAUGCCCCUGGACCUGUGCGUGAAGAGGAGCGGCGGCCCGCCCACCACGUUCCUGUCCCCAGACGUGACCCUGACCCCUGUGGGAAGCACCUCCCACCGGGGUCCCUCCCCGCACCUGCCUCAGAGGCACAUCCUGGAGACCCUGCCGGCCAGCCUGGGGGGCCUGGCCUCGGCGGGGGGCGGGGCCUCUCUGGGGCCCUCCUCCUCUUCCUCGCGGAGGAGGGGGCGGCGCCCGAGGGGGUCCUCCCUCCUGGCGGACCUUGCCCCGCCCAGGGACUGCAGUCCCAUGGGACUGCUUCUGGGGGCCCUCGCCGCACAGGAUGCCAAGCUCUCACCUAAGGAGCAAGAAUCCCUACAAAGAUUUCAACUUCUAGCUUCUCAAGGCUAUAAAUCUAGGAAUAAUCUGUUGCAAAAGCACGGGGGAGAGUUUCCGCACCCGGGGGACGUAGGCGGGGGGGCGACCCGCCUGCCGGCCACAUCGCCCACGGCGGGCCUGGGCCCUCCGCGGCCCCUCGGCAGGGAGCUCCCCCCGUCCUCCCGGAUGGGGCUCAAGCGCCUCUCGCCCGACGGGGACCAAGGGGGCGGGCCACACUCGUCGGGGACACGCCCGCGGGGCUCACACCGUCACCGUUCCAAGCGGCAGGAGUUGGAGAACAGCGUCUCGGCCAGCGACUCUUCGAGCGACUCCGAGUCUGCGGUGGCCGACUCCCGCUCUAUGAGCGGUGGCUCGGACACGGAGGACACGGAGCGGUCGGCGGCGGCCAGCACGUCCGGCAGCAUUCCAGCCUCCUCAGUCUCCGACAGGGUUUCCAAGCGCCAUACCGAGGAGCACGGAACCUCGUCGAAGCGAAGACGCUAUGUGACUGAUGAGCGGGAAAUCAGAAUCCCCCUGGAGCACGGCUGGCAGAGGCAGACCAGAAUCAAGUGUUUCAGCAAGUCUGGUGUACGUGGUGAAGUGACUUACAUUGCCCCAUGCGGCAAAAAACUUAGAAACUAUCCAGAGGUGCUCAGGUACUUACAAAAGAAUGGCAUUGCUGACAUUGGAAGAGAGAACUUCAGCUUCAGCUCUAGGGUGAUUGUUGGAGUGUUUCUGGAAUCCGUCGACGGUGGGGAGAGCACAGACGGCUGCACGCUGCUGAGCGAGGAGGAGGUGGCAGCGAGACUGCGCGUGGUGUGCGGGCUGCCCCAACCGGCCCUGGCGAUGCCCGCCAGCGUCUCCCGCGGGCCCUUGGGGGGUCCGGGGACGGGGCCGAGUUCGGGGGGUUCCAGGAGGGGUCGGCCACGCAGCCGCCCUUCCCCGGACCCCCAGGAGAGGGCCCUGGCAGAGGCCGCCAUCCUCCAGCACAGGCGGCUCGAGCAGCAGCACGCCGAGGAAGCCAGGCGGCAGCAGGAGCACGAGAAGUUACUCAAGCAACAGGAGCGUCUCGAGCGGCUGGAGCAGCAGCGCAUCGAAAAGGAGCUGCGUGCCCAACAGAUGAUCGAGAUUCGUCGCAAAAGGAGGGAAGAGUUAGAGAGGCAGCGCCAGGAGGACGCUGUACGCAGAACUCAGGAAAGGGAAAUGAAGAGGCAACAAGCUGUCAUGUUAAGGGAACAAGAAAUGCAGAAGCGCAGGGAAAUGCUUUUGAUGGUUGAUCUCGAAAGGGAAAGGAGAAGACAACACAUGCUUCUUGUACGUGCUCUUGAGAACCGCAAAAAGAUGGAGGAUCAGAAGAAGGUGGAGCUGCAGAUUCUAAAGGAAGUCAGGCGGCCGGUGGAGGACAUGAUUCUGAAGGACGCUCUUCCUUUGCCAACAUUGAAUAGGAUACCUGGACUCAAAGUUCCCGGCACUGCAUUUGCCAAUCUCCUGAUGGUGCGGGAAUUUCUGCACAACUUUGGUGAGACCCUCCAUUUUGACCUGGACAAGAUCCCCAGCCUGAACAGCCUGCAGCUGGGGCUCAUCAACCACGAUGUGAAGUCGGAACAGCAACUGCUCAGCGUCGUCCAACACCUGCUGGUGUGCGCCAUCCACGACCCGGGGACGCUGCACUGCAAGGAGGCUGUGACUGUUCUUGGCCAGCACCUCAAAGAUGCUCCAAUCACCAAUGACAGCUUGACUGAGGCCUUGCACCUGUACUUUAUGGCCCUGGAUAAGGAGUGUGCUAUGUAUCAGUGGGUCACCGAGAAGCCUUUCCUGGCGUUGAACCCGACCCAGAAGUCUGAGAUCCUGGCUUUUCUCUGCAACGAGCUUCUGUGCAGCCGGGCGGUGGUUCGGCAAGUGGACACCAGUAUUGAAACCGUGAACACCCUCAGAAAGGACAAGUGGCUGGCUGAAGGGGAGCUCAGGAAGCUGAGAGGCAUACAGCAGGGCCGUCAACGCAAGGCCAUCCUGAAGCAGGAGCUGGAGAACAACAACAGCGGCGCCAACAGCAGUGCCGCGGGCAGCCAGAACAACGGCGGCGGCAGUGUUUCGGGGGUGAGCGCCAACAAGGACAAGGAGUCCGAAGAGGGCAGCAUCAAAGGGGACACGCCUAGCGAGGGGGGUGAUAAGGCCAGCAAGAACGGCCGGGAAGAGGAGGAAGAGAACGAGGACGGGGCCAACGACAGUGGCAACGAGAGCGACGACCCCCAGGAAGUGGAAAACAUGGACGAGGAAGAGGACAGUGAACCGAGCCUGACAAACGAAGAAUUGGAAAAGAAAAUCGACAAGCUUGCUAAGUCUUCUUGCGCUCAGCAACAGGCGCAGUUCCAGAGCAAAGUGGCAAAGGCGAGCAGCAGCAUCCGGGCCGUCAUGCUGGGGCAGGACCGCUUCCGGCGGCGCUACUGGCUGCUGCCCGUGGCGGGCGGCGUCUUCGUCGAGGCCAUGGAGUCCUGCGAGCAGGACGGCAUGGGGGACUUUGUGGCCACCGACUACAUGGCCGACGAAGACGAGGACAACACUAGCGAGGACUCAUCGCUUCCCAAGAGCAAGGCCUCUGUCAAGGAGGAGGGGAAGGAGACUCCGGCGGAGGGAAGCCCCAAGAUUCCCAAGGAAGAGGUGGCCACGAGAGAAUCCAACUCGGCCGAAACCCCCGCUGCUUCCGCUGGCAAAGAGGAGGAUGUCAAGGCAGAGACCGAGGUGAAGGCUGAAUUGGAAGAGAAGGCCGUCUGCAAGGACGAAGAGGACGGGAAGGUCGAGGAAGCGAGCAAGGUGAAGGUGGAAGAGGGGGCUGCGAAAGAGCCGCCGGCGCCCGUCACCACCACAUCUGCCGCCACGCUGUCGGCCAUGACGCUGUCCACCGCGUCACUGCCGCCGCCUCACAAGUCGAAGAGCCCCCUGCCGGAGCCGACCUUGGAGCAGAGCUGGAUGAUGCACUCGCCCUUCUUCGCCUCCAUCAUUGCAGGCAACAUGCUGUUCAACAACGGGUCGUUCCCGUCGUCGUCUCCGUCUCCGCAGCUGGCCGGGGGCAAGGAAGGGGCGGCCCUGCUGGAGGGCUUCCCCUCGGUGUCCGCGGAGCAGAUGCUCAAGAACCUGGCCCAGAAGCGGCCCAAGCCCUGGUUCAGUGUGCUGCCCCGCAUCCCCUGCGACGAGGAGUCUGUGGCGAGGCUGCCCGGCACCGGCAAGGACGGAGACGACGACGACCUGGAAGAGGAGGUCGUGCUGCUGGGGACUCCGGGUGCGCGGAUUGUGAGCAUCAUAGAGACGGAGGACACCACCAACCAGCACGACAAGGCCCAGCCUGUGCCUCUGGAGUACCUGCGGGGCUGGUGGCGCAUCACGGACUCGUCCCAGCUGCGCACCCUCAUGGCUGCCCUGCACAGCAACGGCAUUCGAGAGAAGGCCCUGCUCAAGCAGCUCGAGAAGAACUUCAACUACGGCCUGACCGCCUGCAUUCCCAACAGCCAGCAGGACGUGGGCCUGGAGAUCACGGACCUGGAUCGGGAGGUGUCCGAAAAACACGGGGGCGCCCCCCCGCCGGACUACGAGGACCAGUGGUCCCCCGAGGUGGCCCUGCGGGUGGACCUGGCCAUCUUGGCACAAGUGGAGGCCCUGGAGCACAAGGUGCUCGGGGCCAGCAUGCAAGUCAAGCAGGGCUGGCGACCUCCGCCCAAGGUCUCGGACGACCCGAGCCAGGAGUACCGGCCCUCAUGCGUGCUGUUGCACAAGAAGCUGCUGGCGUCGUCCGACGAGGACGACGAGGAUGACUCGAGCACCUCUCCGACGUCGAACGUGUCCUCUCCCGGCACGAAGGAGAAGUCUCAAAAUACGGAGAAGGACUCGAAGGAGCCGGUCGAGGUUUGCGUGGCGGACGAAGGGGCUCCCGCCACGCAGCUUGAGGAGUCCGUCUCGGACGAGCCCCCCAAGGAGCUGGCGCCCAAGGCCGCUCCGAAGGAGGCUCCCACGGCCGGUACGGACAACUUCGUGAAUCCCAUCGAGGUGACUAAGGAGAGGCUGCUGAACCUGGAGAUGGUCAUCGAGAGGAGGUACAUGCGUCCUCCCCUGGGAACCAGCGGCAACAGCGUGCCCCAGACGGGCUCCGGCGCCAGUGGAGGCAACAAGUCGGACGAGGAGGGAGCCUCCGGCGGCGGGGCGGGGAGUUCCGCGGCGGGGCCUGCGGCUCCCGGGGAGGAGGAGGAGGUGGUGGUGCCCCCCGGACUGGCCCGGUGGCGAGAGGCCGUGGCCGCCUGCCAGACGGCUGCCCAGCUGGCCAUGUGCCUGAGCCACCUGGAAGGCAGCAUUGCCUGGGACCGCUCCAUCAUGAAGGCGAGCUGCCAGUUUUGUCGUAGUGGGGACAAUGAAGAGAUGCUGCUCCUCUGUGACGGCUGUGACAAAGGCUAUCACACCUACUGCUUCAAGCCUAAAAUGGACCGCAUCCCUGAUGGAGACUGGUACUGCUACGAGUGCCUAAACAAGACGCAGGAUGAAAAACUCUGUGUCCUUUGUGGGAAGAAAGGCAAGCUGGUCCGCUGUGAUGCCUGUCCCAAGGUCUUCCACCUGACUUGCCUGGAACCUCCUCUUUCAAAGCCUCCCAAGGGAAAGUGGACCUGUUCAGGUUGCUCAAAGAACCGCAAGAAGGGCCGUCCCUCAAAGGAGUCCAAGGACCAGGCGGGCAAGGAAGCCAAGGAGGCCCCUCCCUCCAAGAAGGGCGAGGGGGCUGCCCCAGCCACUGCCAGCCCCAGCAAAGCCGCCAAGGCAUCGGAGCGCAGGGAGAAGAACAAGUCGCAGGUGCUCAAGGACCUGGCCGCCUGCAGACAGAUUCUGGACGAGCUAGAGCAGCACAAGGAUGCUUGGCCGUUCCUGCUGCCCGUCAACACCAAGCAAUUCCCGUCGUACCGCAAGUUCAUCAAAAAGCCCAUGGACGUUAGCACCAUGCGCUCCAAACUGGAUGCCAACCAGUACAAGGGCAAGGACGAGUUUGCCGUGGACGCUCGUCUAAUCUUCGACAACUGCGAGACCUUCAACGAGGAUGACUCCCCUGUCGGCCAGGCAGGUCACAACAUGCGCACCUUCUUCGAGAGCCGCUGGGAAGAGCUCACCUCUUGAAUCCAUUUGUGGCACAAGCGUUCUUGCUCCCCUUCCCCACACCCCUUCACCCCUUCACCACCACCACCAACCACCACUGCCCCACCCCACCUUGCUCUCUUCAUUCUUUCUUCUUUCUUUUGUUUUUUUUACCCCGCACUUGUUUCUUCACUUUUGUUACAUUUAUACAUACCUACAUACAUGCAUACAUAUAUAUAUAUAUAUAUAUAGUAUAUUUAUACACUUUUUUUACGCUGUUACUAGGAUAAUUUUCGAGUCCUACAAGCAUACUGCUCCGUCUGGGAUUUUUUUAGUUACGGCGAAGUGUCGUCUGACGAUGAGGUCAAUGCCCGCCCCCACUGAGAGCUUCGGAGCUCUACGACGGUGUCCGAAGGAAUGAUGGCCCGCAUCUCUGCUGGGGGAAGGGGAAGGGGGGAAGGUGCACUCAACCAAACGAACUGUGGUUGCGCGUGUAAAGGCUUUUAGAAAAGACGAAUGUCUGCCUGUGACCUUUGUCGCAGUGGGAGCGACCGGGGACUCGCGCGAGGGAGUGUUUUCCUCCGCUUGUUGCUUGUCAUUUAGUGUGUUCAGCAGACCAUUCCCUCCUUGUGGCAAAGAAGCACUCUAGACAGACAAGUGCCUGUGUAAACUGCAAGGGACGUGCGUUGCCCGCCGCUCGCUAGUGUAGCGCUGUGCGAACUGAAACACAACAAUCUUGGAACCUCGAAUGUGCCGUUUCGGUUACUUUAGCAUCACCGUUUUCCUUUCCGUCUUUCUUCUUGUCUUGUGUUUUUUUUACUCAUCUAUUUUUUUUUCUGUAAUGUGAGCAUUUGUACAAUCAUCAUACCCACCUGCAUUUCUGUCAUAUUGGCUCCAUUCUGAAGCAGCUCCAGUGGCUCGAGAGCCACUGUCUCUGCUCGACAGGGCAGAGACGCCUCGCGGUGUGUUCACGGCCUCCACCCCCUGUCGACGCAAAAACGCAUGUGUAGGCAGGGGCCCUCCCCUGCUGGUAUCUCGCCAGUGACUGGCAUGGAAGCGCCGGGCGUGGCAGACACUUGCACGCAUCCACGAGUAUGUUGUACGGAAAUACCCGGGAAAAGUAUGGUUGUGUGGACGUAUGCUCCGUUUUGUAGUUUGCUUCGACCUUCCUGUGCGUUGUGCGUGUGCAGCUGUUGAUGUUAGGCGUUGCUUGCAAGGUGUGCAUCUGUCACUGCUGGUAACACCUGUGCUUUCGUUGCUUAAGGAGUCUAGGACGUGGAACUCUUGUACAUUUUCCUUUGUUUUUGUUGCACAACCCACCUUUAUUUGUCCGUGUGUUUUCCCUGUUCGCUUUAAUUUCCUGUGAAAAGGGGGAAAGAAAAAGCACCUUGUGUGAUGUCUCCCUCUAACUGUUACAUCUCUCUUUUAGUGUGUUUGAGCUUGAAUUUAUAGCGUCUGCAACUCCGCCCUGUGCAUUUUCAUUUUUUUUUUGUUCACUGGCAAGCCGGAAGGAAUCCUCCCCGUGUUUUCUUUGGGCAUGCAUGGUCAGACAUGCAGGCUUAUGAGAUGUAAUUUUAUUGCAUAAUGCUCAAGUGCGACAUUUGAACGCCUGUUCCACUCGCAAGGUUACACGCAAACUCUGUAAAUUUUCGUUGGGUAUCUUCUGCCGCGAGGGCUAGGGGUGGGGAUAGGAAGACGGGGUUGUCUUUGUAUAGGUUUUCCUCGCGUAAUUUAUUUAUUUUGCACCACAUUUCAAAGAGUGCCGCGGGAGCAUCUGUGUCGCAGUCACCAUUAUCAUCAGCAGUGCAACGGUGGGCAGUUAACCCUGUCCUGAAGCGUUGUGGUUACAUAUUUAUACUCAGUAAGGAGUUGCUCUGUUUUUGUUUUUUUUCUGACGUUGGAGACCCUUUGUACAUAACGAAUACAUGAAGUUCUGCUGAUAAAAGCAAAAAUGUCCGGUACCACAAAACAAACUGAGCAUUUAUACACCAUUAGAAUAUUUGUUUGUUUCUUUUAUUUUUGUGUUGCGGUUUAGCUUGAGGAGUUGCCAGGUGGCUGCUGCAAAGUGUUCUCAUGCACUCGGCUAGUGCCAUUCUGUACAGAUUUGCUAGAGGCAAUAAGACAUGUAACGUGAAUUGAUAGAUCAUCCUAAAAAAAAUAUGGUGGGCCAUAAAGCAAAGAAAAAAAGAAACAGUCUUUGCUCUGACACAAGUUGUACUUUCAAAAAGGUAACAUUUUUGUGAAGAAGAGUGCUUCUAUGUGUUGUGCAAAAAAGAUCUCCAGACAGACCUUUCCUCUUGUUUCCUCGAAGUUCCGGGCAAACUAAGCAGCUUUCAUUGGCCUUGUAUGUGAAUUAAAUUUUCUCCAAAGUUUUAGCACAGCCACUGAGCACUCUAGCACAGGUUGUGCCUUUUGAUAUAUGGUGCGCGUUUUCUGAAAUUCAACCUGUGUUGCUCCGUGACAUCUUUGUGAACAAAUUACAGUCUGGAUUCCAUAGUUCCAUUUCUGCAUUAAAGGUGUUGCAUUUGCCCACAAG